AUGCUGAACAAGCAGAACAGUCCGGCUAUGACGAGCGUUGCGCCUGUGAUGAGCGGCCACUUCAUCCGGCGGGACCAGGUGAUCAAGAAGCCGGCUGUCAUUCCGCAGAGGGCCUGGACCGCGGAGCAGGUUACCAGGCGGAGGCCGGACUCUGUGGCCGAGAACAUCAACGACCCUACCACAACCGGAUGGCUCCAAGGAAGAACGUUUCCCCCCAGCCCAACCCCCAACACCAACCCCGUCACGCUCCCCGCCAGGGUCGCGGCUCCCCAAAAGUCAAACUCUCUCAACGCCUGCUGUAUCGUCACCUUCUGUUUCCCGUACAGUCCUAAAUCACCGGGGAUCACCAACCCGCUCACUCCCACACAGAUGAUCAGAACAGGAACCUGA